AUGUCAAUCACAUUCAAUGGCGAAGAGACAGGUAAUCAUCAAGAUGUUUUAAUAGAAGAAAUCAACACAAAUACCAAUCCGUUGUAUAGAGAUGAGAUACCAUCUGUGAAUUUAAAUAAUGAAGAAACUCUUGAACGAAAUCAAUUCCCAGUCACAAAUAAUCCUAUGAAAAUAAAUCAUCGAUUGGUAGAUGGAGCUACUUCUUCAAAGGGAAGUGUGACUGUUAUGAAUAUCAUGAAUGAUAUUGAAGGCAAUCUUGGUCCUAUUUUAGACUACGCAGAAGAGCCCUUAUUACCACUUUAUAAAGCAUGUGCUUCACUUGAAAACAUCAUUGAUGAUUUAUCAACCUAUAUAAAAAUGGCUCUCGAUGAAACACCAGAAAAACCAUUUGAUGAAUUAACAAUUGAUGAGAGUGCAGCCAUUCGUCUCUACACACUUGAAUGGAAGAAACCAUAUGAAAGUCUCUAUUCAAUGCUCAAUCGUACUCUCAAAGAACAGAGUCGUGAAAAACUUCGACCAUAUUUUAAAUAUCUCAAACUACUAUUAACUGCCUUAGUCAAAUUACCAUGUAUUCCACCAUUGUCUGUCUGGCGAGGAGUAACGAAAAAUUUGAGUACAAAAUUUCCACCUGGUACCACCGUAGUCUGGUGGGGAUUUUCAUCAUGUACUACUGAAAUGACUGUUCUUGAAAAUAAUAUGUAUUUAGGAAACACUGGCAGUCGAACAUUAUUCUCUGUCGAAGCUAUUAAUGCUCGAAGAAUACGUAAUCAUUCACAUUUCGUCAAUGAAGAUGAAGUUCUUCUUCUGCCCGGCACUCAAAUGAUAGUUCAAUCACAAUUUAGUCCAGCAUCUGAUCUUUAUAUCAUACAUUUGAAACAGGUUAGACCAGAACAAAUCCUAUUGGAACCUCCAUUUGAAGGUGCUUAUGUUUAUCCAAAAAUCCAACGUCAAUGGUAUCGAAAGAAGAGAUUUGCUAUUCCAAUCGGUUUUUUAUUUACUUUGAUCAUCGGAGGAAUUAUUAUCGGCUCCGUUUUGGGAACAAGACCGAAAAUUCAUACUGCAGCAUCUGUAUGUACUCAUCCUUUUCAAGCUUCAACUACCUAUGCAACUGGAAAUAAUCCACAAGCUGCAGCACUUGGUCACUUUAUGAUAAACAAUGAAUUAGUUGUAGGAGUAGUUAACUCUGGUGACAACGCACUACUUCUACUAUCGGUCAAUGCUGAUGGAACUCUCCAGAAUCCGAGAAGUUACCCGAUUGGUUACAGACCGUCUGCGUCAGUUGCUGCGGAUUUUAAUAAUGACAAUAAAUUGGAUUUCGCAGUAUCUCACUAUGGUGACGAUACUAUUCGUAUUUUACUGGGAAACGCAAAUGGUAUUUUUCAGAAUUCAAUAAAUUAUGUAGCUGGUAACAGACCAGUUUCUCUGGUAGCUAAGGAUUUCAACAAUGACAAUAAAAUAGAUUUGGUAGUAGCUAACUUCGGUACCGCCACGGUCAGCAUUAUGUUCAAUAAGGGAAAUGGUAUGUUCCAAUAUCCUGUAAACUAUCCGAUUGGUAGAAGGCCAUCCUCGCUCGUAGUAAAUGAUUUCAAUAAUGAUAAUAAAUUAGACCUAGCAAUAAGUAACUAUGACGACAGUAACGUAAUUAUAUUAUUUGGUGAAGAAAAUAGUACUUUUGGCAUUCCAAUCAAUUAUCCAGUGAAUGGAUCGACGUCAUCGAUAGUAUGCGGCGAUUUCAAUAAUGAUAAUCAACCGGAUCUGGUCGUAACUAGUGCAAACUACAAUAUCAUUAGUGUUCUACUAGGAAAUAAAAACGGAACGUUUCAACCUUAUAUAAACUCUGCAACUGACAAGAUACCAUUUUCAAUAAUCGCAGGAGACUUUAAUAAUGAUACGAAGCUGGAUGUGGCAGUGGUUAAUACUCAGGAUAAUUCGACUAGUGUACUUUUGGGCAUUGGAAAUGGAAGUUUUCAAACUCCAACAAAUUAUAUAGUCGGAUAUUUACCAAAGUCUGUAAUUUUAGGUGAUUUCAAUGAUGAUACGAAACUAGAUCUCAUAGUGUCUAAUUCAGGCGACAAUACGAUUAGUGUUCUACUUGGUAUCGUGGACGGGAAUCUCCAAGCGGCAAUAAACUAUACAAUUGGUAACAUGCCAACUUCUAUGGUCUCAGGAUAUUUCAAUAAUGAUACGAAAUUAGAUCUAGUAGUCACUGAUGAUUUUGACAGAAUUUUUCAUAUAUUACUUGGAAAUGGCAAAGAAAUCUUUCAGUUUCCACUGAACUAUAUAGUUGGUGAAUCACCCUCUUCUGUAGUAUUGGAUAAUUUUAAUAAUAAUAACAAAAUGGAUGCUGUCGUAACGAACAACCUUGACAAUACUAUUACUGUUCUACUAGACAAUGAGAAUGGUGUUUUUCACACUAGAAUGGACUAUUCAGUUGGAAAAGCACCAUGUUCCGUGAUUUGUGAUGACUUUAAUAAUGAUAACAAACGAGAUCUGGUAGUAGUUAACUACGGUAAUAAUAGUAUUAGUGUUCUCAUUAAUGAUGGAAAUGGAAGCUUUCCAAUAAUAAUGAAUUAUAUGGUUGGUAGUUGGCCAUACUCGGUAAUAACAUCUGAUUUCAAUAAUGAUACUAAAUUGGAUUUAGCCGUUGGCAAUUUUGGUACCAAUACGGUUAGUAUUCUAUUUGGUCAGACAAAUGGUACUUUUCAAACUCCUAUAGACUAUGUAGUUGGUGAUUUUCCAUAUGCAUUGACGACUGGCGAUUUUAAUAAUGAUAUGAAACCCGAUUUGGCAGUAGCCACUCGAGUUGAGAACACUGUCAGCGUUCUUCUUAAUAACGGUGAUAAAAGUUUUCAGAUCUCCAUGAACUAUCCAACGGGUAACUCUCCAUAUUCUAUAACGUCUGCUGAUUUUAAUAAUGAUACGAAGUUGGAUCUGGCAGUUGCAAACUUUGGCGACAAUACUAUUAGCAUCUUACUCGGCAUGGGAAAUGGAGUUUUUCAAACUCCUCUUUUUUAUCAAACUGGAAGUGGACCCUAUUUUCUCAUAUCGGGGGAUCUUAACAAUGAUAAGAAACCAGAUAUGAUUGUAACGAAUCAAAAAUCCGGAGAUUUGUCAGUUUUUUUAAAUAGUUGUGAGAACUAA